GUAAGGAGAGAGAUUGAGAGAGAAGGAGAAUUGAAACGAAUUGAGAGAGAGGGGGAGGGGGACAGCCAACCACCAUACAUACAAGAGAAAGGAGGAGGAGAGAUAGAGCAGCAGAGAGAGAAAAGGAGGAGAGAUUGAGAGAGAGAGGUGGUGGAGGAGGAGAAAGAGGUGGAGGAGAGAGAUUGAGAAAGAGAGAGCGAUUUAGGUGGUGGAGGAGAGAGCGAGAGGUGCAUGAGAGGCAGAGAGAGAGAGAGGUGCAGGAGAGAGGUGGAGGAGAGGCAGAGAGAGAGGCAGAGAGAGAGAGAGAGGCAGAGGAGGAGAGAGCAGAGCUACAGAGAGAGCGAGAGAGAAGCAGAAAGAGAACGAGAGGCAGAGUGAAAUCAUCUCUUGCAGGCAUUCAGCUUUCUGUCGCUGAUGGGGACAGGCAGAGUAGCCUAGAUACCACCAGUACCUUAUCGGGGGAUAACAUCACCACAUACACACCCUGCACACACAUAAACACACCACAACAUUCCAUAGGAGAGGCUGGUGAAGCUCGGAGGGGGAAACAAGCAUCUCUUCUCUGUGGUGUGGAGAGCUAGAAGACUGGACUAGAGCCUCUGCUACACCACCACGCCGUGCAGGAGCCUCAUCCAGCUCUCCAGGAUCCACUAGCAGCAACAACCCUCAUACAUAGCUCUCCACUCCGAUAGUACAGUUUUCUCCAUCCGACCAUCCGAUAGCUCUCCACUCCACUUGCAAAGCUCUCUCCAGCCGACUAGCUCUCUCUCUCAAAUCCCUCUGUCAGCUCUCUCUUAACCGCUACCAUGAAUUUCCUGCGUCGCCGGUUGUCUGACAGCAGCUUUAUAGCUAAUCUUCCUAACGGCUACAUGACAGACCUCCAGAGAUCUGACCCUCCACCGCCUCCCCCCUCUACAGCCACCCCAGGAGUCACAGCCACAUCCCCAGGACAAGUUCCAGCACCAGCCCCCAACGCUGACCCCCCAGCUCCAGAGUGUGGGCCCCAGCCUGCCCCAGCCCCGGCCCCCUCUUCAGGCUCUGGGUUCUUCAGCUCCCUGACCUCCCUGAGUUCCAUCACUAACGUGGUAAAACAGACAGCAGUGUCAGCUGGCUUGGUGGAUCAGAACCCAGCACCCGGGCCUGGUCCUGUCUCCAUGAGAUUUAAGAUACUGCUGGUCAUCGACGAGCAGCAGAUUGUGUGGUCCAGACUGUUCAGAGGGAAGAAGCUCCAAGGAGACUAUGACGUCAAAGUGGAACAGGCGGCGUUCUCAGAGAUCAACCUGGUAUCCCAUGCCAACGGGUCGUGUAACGUGGACAUACAGUUGAUCAGGAACGGAACCAAAGUGGUGAGGUCCAUUAAACCUGACUUUGUCCUGAUGAGGCAGCAUGCCUAUAGCAUGGCCCACAAUGAGGACUUCAGGAACAUGAUCAUCGGCCUGCAGUACGCAGGAGUCCCCAGCAUCAACUCACUGGAGUCCAUCUACAGCCUCUGUGACAAGCCCUGGGCGUUUGCCCAGCUGAUUGCCACGUGUAAGAAGCUAGGCCCUGACAAGUUCCCUCUGAUCGACCAGACCUUCUACCCAAACCACAAGGACAUGAUCUCCAUGCCCUCUUUCCCUGUGGUGGUGAAGAUAGGACACGCACACUCUGGAAUGGGAAAGGUAAAGGUGGAUAAUCUGAGUGACUUCCAGGACAUAGCCAGUGUGGUAGCCAUCACUCAGACUUACACCACCACAGAACCAUUCAUAGAUGCCAAGUACAACAUCAGGGUCCAGCGGAUUGGCAGCGAUUAUAAGGCUUACAUGCGGACCUCUAUCUCUGGGAACUGGAAGAGCAACACAGGAUCAGCCAUGCUGGAACAGGUGGCCAUGACAGACAAGUACAAGCAGUGGGUGGACAUCUGCUCAGAGAUCUUUGGAGGUCUAGAGAUCUGUGCAGUCAAAGCCAUCUGUGGAAAGGAUGGGAAGGACUACAUCACUGAGGUUGUGGGUUCCUCCAUGCAGCUGAUCGGAGAGCACCAGGCAGAGGACAGGCAGCUCAUCUCUGAUCUGGUGCUGACUAAGAUGAACCAGGCUCAGCCAAGGACGGCCCCUCGCUCUCCUGUCCAGAGACCGAAGGAAGUGGCAGAGCCAACCAAGAACCCCGGACAGCGGCGCCAAUCUCAAGGAGGUGCAGUGCAAGCCCAGCACACUCAACCACAGAGUGUGGAGCCUCCAGCAGAGUUAGCCCCCAAGGUGUCCCCUCCGCCAAAGCCAGCCCCCCCUCCGGUUUUAAGAGUGGCCACCAUCCCCAUUCAAAAGCAAGCCUCCACUCCAGUGGCAAAACCAUACUCUGCUCCAGUCUCUACCCCAGUGCAAAAGAAAUCCUCUUCCCCUCCACCAAAGCCACCCCCUCCUGCGGUGGUAAAGACGACCUCUGCUCAAGUACCAAAGCCUAUCCCUUCCCCGGUGCAAAAGCCUGCUCCAGCUCCAGCCCUUGCCACAGCCCAUGUCUCAGCCCCAGUCCUAUCCCCAAUCCUGGCCCCUGUCUCAGUCCCUGCCCCCCUCUCACCCCCAGCCCCAGCUGCUGCCCCUGUCUCAGCCCCUGCCCCCCUCUCACCCCCAGCCCCAGCUGCUGCCCCUGUCUCAGCUCCAACCUCCAGCCUAGCACCUGCCUUACUCCCAGCCCUAUCCCCGACCCCUGCUCCUGUCUCACCCCCAGUUCCACCCCCUGCCCCCACUACACAGCAGCCCCAGCCCCAGCCUCAGGUGUCUCCAUCAGCAGCCCCUCCCCCAGGGAAGCCAGCAGAGCUGCCCCCACUGCCUCCCAGGCCCAAGCCUAUACCUCCUGUACGCCGCAACUCCAAGCCCCUGAUCCAGCCCAAACCCCAGACCCCCCUUCCCCCCCUUGGCUUGAAGCCCAGUCCUGAUGCUGUGUCUUCAUCCAGAGCACCAGGGCAGUCCCUGUCCCCAAAGAGGUCUCCUGGGAGGGUGCAGUCCCCUUUCUUGCCCCAGUCUCCAGCUAAAGCUCAGCCACCAACGGUCCUUUCCCCAGACUUUCACCCAGACCCCACCCCUAUUAUGAUGCCCAUGUCCUCCACUGGCACUGCCACGGCCCCAGAGCCUGCUCCAGAGCCUACUCCAUUCUCAGUUUCAGCCUCAUUCCCAUCCCCAGCCUCAUCCCCAGCUCCAGUCUCAUCCCCAGCGCCAGGCUCAGCCCCAGUCUCAGCCUCAUCCCCACUACUAGUCUCAGCCCCCGCCCCAGCCUCAUCCCCAGCCCCAGCCUCAUCCCCACUACCAGUCUCAGCCCCCGCCCCAGCCUCAUCCCCAGCCCCAGACUCAGCCUCAUCCCCAGCCCCAGUCUCAGCCCCCGCCCCAGGCUCAUCCCCAGCCCCAGUCUCAGCCCCAGCCCCAGCUGAAGCUCAGCCUCCGGUUGAAGAACAGCCUGCACCCAAGGGCCAUCCACUGCUGAAUAAGUCCCAGUCCCUGACCAAUGCCUUCAGCGCAUUGGGAGAUGCAUCGUUCUUCCGCUCCAGCUCGACCAGCUCCUCGGCGGGCGGAGAGGACGAAGCCAAGGCCGAGACCAUCCGGAACAUCCGAAAGUCCUUCGCCAGCCUCUUCUCUGAUUAGUCCUCUCCCACAUGCGCUAGGAUUGGCAGAUGACUUCAUUGACAUAAACGUGACCCAGUCUGAGAUUAACUGUGUGUAACUGUAUAACUCCCAAGUCCCGCCUCCAUCCCCUGCCUCUGUGUCUCUGAGGACUCAAUUGGCCAGUUGAGUGUGAUGAUGUCAAAGUGCCGGCUACCUGUAACUACCUGUAGCUAGCUACCUGCGUGAAGCUUGGCCCUCGGUCAGUGUGUGAGGAGGAGGAGAUAUAUAUGACGUUCUAAUGCAUGAAGAUGACGGCUCCAUCAGUAGGUGUUGUGGAGCAGAAUGGAUGUUUGUGUUGAUGUUACCCUCUGGAUGUUGUAGCCUCAAUGUGAUGUUUUAUUUCAGAUUAGUGACUGUGAUUGGUGACCCCUGACUCCUGUAUCACCAUAUGUACUUCCUGUGUAGUACAGAUAUCUGUGAUUGGUGACCCCUGACUCCUGUAUCACCAUAUGUACUUCCUGUGUAGUACAGAUAUCUGUGAUUGGUGACCCCUGACUCCUGUAUCACCAUAUGUACUUCCUGUGUAGUACAGAUAUCUGCAGUACGUUCUUCUUCAUUAACAGUUGUUUAAUAAUAAUACCUCGCUGUGGCUGUGGACUCAUACAUACAAGCAGACCUUUCCUUUAAUCAGUCAGACCUCUCCUUUAAGGUGUCAGACCUCUAUUUAAUCAGUCAGACCUCUAUUUAAUCAGUCAGACCUCUCCCUUAAUCAGUCAGACCCCUCCUUUAAUCAGUCAGACCUCUCCUUUAAGGUGUCAGACCUCUAUUUAAUCAGUCAGACCUCUAUUUAAUCAGUCAGACCUCUAUUUAAUCAGUCAGAUCCCUCCUUUAAUCAGUCAGACCUCUAUUUAAUCAGUCAGACCUCUAUUUAAUCAGUCAGACCCCUCCUUUAAUCAGUCAGACCCCUCCUUUAAUCAGUCAGACCCCUCCUUUAAUCAGUCAGACCCCUCCUUUAAUCAGUCAGACCCCUCCUUUAAUCAGUCAGACCCCUCCUUUAAUCAGUCAGACCCCUCCUUUAAUCAGUCAAACAUCUCCUUUAAGAUUCCAGACUGCUCCUUUAAUCAGUCAGACCUCUCCUUUAAUCAGUCAGACCUCUCCUUUAAUCAGUCAGAACUUAAUUUAAGGUAUCCGACCACUCCUUUAAUCAGUCAGACCUCUCCUUUAAUCAGUCAGACCUCUCCUUUAAUCAGUCAGACCCCUCCUUUAACUCAGUCAAACCUCUCCUUUAAGAUUCCAGACUGCUCCUUUAAUCAGUCAGACCUCUCCUUUAAUCAGUCAGACCUCUCCUUUAAUCAGUCAGAACUUAAUUUAAGGUAUCCGACCACUCCUUUAAUCAGUCAGACCUCUCCUUUAAUCAGUCAGACCUCUCCUUUAAUCAGUCAGACCUCUCCUUUAAUCAGUCAGACCUCUCCUUUAAGGUGUCAGACCUCUCCUUUAAUCAGUCAGAACUUAAUUUAAGGUAUCCGACCACUCGUUAAGUUGUCAAGGCAACACCAGAACCGGACAGUUUCAAUAACGUUUCAGAUCAACUGUCCUGUAAACACCUUGGUGUCCAGCAGUUCUACCAACCUGUCAGCUUAUUUCAACUUAAAGCCAUCUAACAUCUUGUUUAAUGCUUUGUAAAUGUUGUAUUGUACCGUUACUGUAUGUGAGUCAUCCAGGAGUUUAUUUUGUAAUAAUGAAUCAUUGAUAAUGUAUUGUAGGUCCGUAUGCAGUACUGCCUUGCAUGAUCAAUAUGACCCAGUGACCCUUGGUACCAUAGUAAUGUUACCUGUACAUAAAUGUCAAUAAAUAAAGAUGUGCUAAAUCGUU